AUGAACUGGGAGGAAGACAACACCUGGCUAGACGUACCGAACGAAUUGCGGGAAGCAGCAAAGGAAUUGCCUGGUGUGACAAAUGGGAAGAACAAGGGGAUAAGGAAACAUGCAAAGGCGGUAGUAGCAAAAGUAAAGAAAGAAGCGAGUGAGGAGAUGUAUGAGAAGCUAGAUUCGAAAGAUGGGGGAAGCAUGGUGUAUAGAGUGACAAAGCAGAGGGAUAGAGCAGCUAAGGACAUACAGAAAAUCAGGCUGAUAAAGGACGCUGAGGAUAAAGUGUUGACCACCGAGAAGGAGGUGCUGCAGAGAUGGAAAGACUACUUCGAAGAGCUGAUGAAUGUUGAAAACCCCAGGGAAAUGAGAGAGGAAAAUGGGGUGCUGGCAGAAGAGAGAGAUUGUCAGAUGUGGAGAAAGAGCACGUUGAUACCCAUAUACAAGAACAAAGGAGAUGCGCAGGAUUGUGGUAACUUCCGGGGCAUCAAACUAAUGAGCCACACAAAGAAGUUGAUGCGAAUGUUGAAAUUCACUCUGGGUCUCACAUAG